AUGUGGGAGGACUCUUUGGAAAGCUGUGGGAACAGGGAAGAAGUUGGUUCCAGACCCAGUCACAGAAUAUUCAAUCAAAGCCUCCCAUCUGGAACAGUCCAGACUCACCCAAGCUCACACAAUACUUCACAGACAGAAAACUGGUUACCUCAGUGGUUCCCAGUUCCUGAAAACAGGCUGAGACUAGAGUCUCUGAGCUACUGUCAGUUCUCCAAUUUCUCAGAAAAAACAGUGCCCUUGAACCUCAGCCAGCAAGCACAUAAUUAUGUUUCAGCCAGUGUAGACUCUGGAGGCCCUGAACACCUCUCCUCAGGAACCAGGACUGGUGCCCAUCAAGCCAGUCAUCAGAAAAGAAGAAGGCACCCAGGGAAAGGCAAAGAAAAACCAAAGGAGAGGCAGCCCAAGCAUAAGAGGAAAAGAAGUCUUGAGGAGGCGGAUUUAGAAGAACAUGUGAGCAUCCAAAGAAAGAAAACAGAUGUGGAAACAGAACAAGUAGAGGAUGGUACAGAAAAGCCCAAGCAUCAUAAGGAGAAAAACAGCUGA